AUGACAUCCAAGGACGUAUCCAAGCCUUCAACCAUUAGGUUGUGGGAUCUUUCUGAUGCCCGCAACCUGGCGCUCGGCAGUCACCCUCCAGGCCCCCACAGUGACCAGGAGGACAAGGAUGCCCCAGCAACUGCUGCAAUCCCCGACAGCCCUAGCCGUACCACUUCUUCAGGUGACAAGCUUGACCAGUCUGCUUCCCGUGAGACUGCUGAAGACAUCGACCUUCUCAUCGCUGAGCUUGAAGAGGAGGACGGUAACGAGCCUGAACCAAAGGUGAUCACCAUUUCUAUUGCUCAAGACACUGGCUACCAUGCUGGCCUACUUGAGACUGAUCUCAACCUGGGCCUCAAUGAUGCAGAUAUCAUUGCCGCACGCCGCAAGUAUGGAAGAAACCGCCUGAAGCAGGAACACCAAAACAACCUGUUGAAGUUCCUCAAGCUCUUUGUCGGCCCUGUGCAGUUUGUCAUGGAGGCCUCCGCACUCCUGGCUGCCGGAAUGCGAGAUUGGAUCGACUUCGGGGUCAUCUGUGCUCUGCUGAUCCUCAAUGCAGUCGUUGGCUUCACUCAGGAAUACCAUGCUGGAAACAUCGUCGAUAGCCUCAAGCAGACACUGGCUCUGAAGGCUACUGUGACCCGAAAUGGACAUGUGCUGGAGAUAGAGGCAGAGGAAGUGGUUCCUGGUGAUGUCAUCCACCUUGAGGAUGGCACAAUCAUUCCGGCUGAUGGAGUCCUGGUCAGCGAAGGAGCCCACCUACAAGUCGAUCAGUCUUCCCUCACCGGUGAAUCACUCGCAGUUGACAAGCAUCAAGAUGACAUUUGUUUCACCUCUUCCACCGUCAAGCGAGGGACUGCCCGUAUGAUUGCAACUGCGAUUGGUGAUAAUACUUCUGUUGGACGGGCUGCAGCGCUUGUGAAUCUUGCCGAUAGUGGAACUGGUCAUUUCACCAUGGUGCUCAAUGGAAUCAGCAUGAUUCUCCUGGGUCUCGUGUGCCUCGCUCUGUUUGUGGUCUGGGUGUCAUCCUUCUACCGGUCGCAGCCAAUCUUGGACAUUCUGCAGUUUACCCUGGCAAUCACCGUCGUUGGAGUGCCAGUUGGUCUUCCGGCAGUGGUUACAACCACCAUGGCUGUCGGUGCAUCUUAUCUGGCCAAGCGACAAGCGGUCGUGCAGAAACUAUCCGCAAUUGAGUCGCUGGCAGGAGUUGAGAUCCUCUGUUCCGACAAAACCGGCACUCUGACCCGGAACAAGCUUGCCCUCGGUGACCCGUACACAACCCCAAAUGUCACCAAGAACGAUAUCAUGAUGACAUCCUGCCUGGCCGCAAGUCACAAAAAAAAAGGACUUGAUGCCAUCGAUCGCGUCUUUCUCAAAGCUCUAAAGGCCUAUCCCGAAGUCAAGGCAACGAUCGGAUCAUACGAAGUCAUUGAGUUCCACCCAUUCGAUCCCGUCUCCAAAAAGGUCACAGCUGUUGUCAAGUCCCCUCAGGGUGAGCGGAUCAUCUGUGUCAAGGGAGCUCCCCUUCCCGUACUGCGGACGGUUAAGGAGGAUCACCCGAUUGCUGAGGACGUUGAGACCGCAUACCUUGAGAAGGUCACUGAAUUUGCCGGCCGUGGAUUCCGUGCCCUCGGAGUCGCUCGCAAGAUUGGUGACCAGCCCUGGCAGAUUCUGGGAAUUGUACCCUGCUUGGAUCCCCCUCGCCAUGACACUGCAAAGACCAUUGCCGAGGCCCAGCGACUUGGACUUUCCAUCAAGAUGCUGACUGGAGAUGCUGUGGGUAUUGCACGCGAGACCGCUCGCCAGCUCGGACUUGGCAGCAAUAUCUACAAUGCGGAACGUCUGGGUGUCACGGGUGCGGGCGAAAUGCCUGGCUCUGAAGUCAAUGACUUCGUUGAGGCCGCAGAUGGGUUUGCGGAGGUAUUCCCUGAGCACAAGUACAGCGUCGUGGAGAUUCUUCAAAAGCGAGGCCACCUGGUAGCCAUGACUGGCGAUGGUGUAAAUGAUGCCGCGUCGCUGAAGAAGGCCGAUACUGGGAUUGCGGUCGAAGGUGCUUCCGAUGCUGCUCGUUCAGCUGCUGACAUCGUCUUCAUGGCUCCCGGACUCUCUGCGAUCAUUGAUGCGAUCAAGCUCUCCCGUCAAAUCUUCCAUCGCAUGUACUCGUAUGUGAUCUAUCGAAUUGCGCUGUCUCUGCACUUGAUGAUCUUCUUCGGCUUGUGGAUUUGCAUCAAGGCCGAAGUUAUGGAUAUCCGUCACGUUGUCCUGCUGGCCAUUUUUGCCGACAUUGCCACGCUGGCCAUUGCAUAUGACAAUGCGCCGUUCUCGAUUUCCCCCGUCAAAUGGAACCAGCCCAAGCUAUGGGGGAUUGCUAUCAUUCUCGGGUUGAUCCUGGCAGCUGGUUCCUGGGUCGCGUUCGGUACCAUCCUUCUGCAUGGGGAGGCGGGUGGUCUGGUGCAAAACUUUGGAGAUCGCGAUGGGGUGCUGUUCGUUGAGGUUACCCUCACUCAGAACUGGCUAAUACUUGUCACUCGUCAUAUCGAUGGACCUUUUUGGAAGAACCUGCCCUCCUUGCAACUGCUUGCGGCGGUUCUGGCUGUCGAUGUCACGGGGACUCUGAUGGUCAUUUUCGGCGUGUUUGGCCACCAGCCCACCUCAGUCGUGGCACUGAUCCGCGUCUGGGUCUUUUCGGUUGGUGUUAUCAUUAUACUCGGCAUUGUGUAUAGCUUCCUGCAGAACUCGCAGGCAUUUGACGACCUGAUGCAUGGUCGUAGCCCGCGGGCCAGAACUCGAGAGCGGUCCUGGGAGGAUUUCUUGCUCUCUCUGCAGCGGGUUUCGACCCAGCACGAGAAGACGACUUGA